GACUUUUCAGACACAGUAUCUCUCCUGGAUAAAUCCAAUGUGAACCAAGAUGCUUUAAUGGCGUAUGCUCGAGAAGCAGCUAAUUUCUCUACACACUAUCAACUCCCAUCUCUAGAGUAUGCAGUUAACCAUUCUGGUCAGGCUGAUGUGGCAAUGUUUGAUUUUACUUCAAUGUUUGCUGCAGAAAAUGCAUCAAAGUUUCUUGUAAAGAAUGGCCACCACCUUCUGAUGGGUCUUGUUGGAGAUAGCCUGUUAGAGCCAUUUUGGCCCACUGGUUCUGGCUGUGCUCGUGGUUUUCUGAGUGCCUUUGAUGCAGCUUGGAUGAUACGUAGCUGGGCAAUGGGCAAGACUCCGCUCCAGGUGCUGGCUGAAAGAGAAAGCAUCUACACACUCUUGUCCCAGACUACACCUAGUUAUCUCAACAAAAACUAUAACUUGUACAGCAUAGACCCAAGUUCUAGAUACCUGAACUUAAAUCUAAAGGCAGUCAAAACAAGUCAAGUGAGACAUUUAUAUGAUGGUGGUAUGUGUGACAACUGGGAAGAGAAGGAUCCUGUUAUGUCCGUACCAAGCAAAAAGUCAAAAAGUGACAAUGGUACCACAGACAGCCGUAGUCUUCUUGAAUGGUGCCAGAAAGUGCUGAAUACUGGCAACUAUCCAAGUGUACGUGUGAUAGAUUUUACAAGCUCCUGGCGCAGUGGACUUGCUAUAUGUGCUCUUAUACACUCUUACAGACCUGAUCUCAUAGAUUAUAGCAGGCUUUUGGAACAAGAUGUUGCUGCUAACAACCAGCUGGCAUUCAGCAUAGCAGAAAAAGAGUUGGGAAUCCCACCUGUGAUGACCAGUGAAGACAUGGCCAGGUGUGCAGUUCCUGACAAAUUGACCAUGAUAUCUUACCUGACACAGUUUUAUGACCUUUUCAGAGAUGAACCUGUACCGACCCCUGUGCCUCUCAAGCUAACCACCAGGACUACAGCAGAUGUUAAGAAGCCAAAUUCAGCUCGCCGCUCAAAUAGGAGGGUUUCAAUUUUGCAGAAGUUGAAUUCUAGAAUAGCAAAAUCAAAAAAGAGAAAAGAGCAAGAGAAAAAUGAGGGGCGUGCUUUGAGGUUUAAGAAAUAUAAAGAACUACCAGAGGAUGAAGAUGAGCAAGAGGACCAUAACAGACUGUCUAAGGAAAGUGUAACUAAUCAGUUACAAAUGCACCACAAAAGAGAUGUUAGAGAAGGGAAGUACAAAGGCAGGGAGAGUCCUGCUGCUGUUAAUGUGGCAGCCAUGACAGAUAUUCUAACAGCCAAAUUUAAGAGCCUCGAGGGUAGCCCACAUGAACCUGUGAGAAAACUGAAAACUCAAACAAGUCUGGACCAACCGCCUUCAGUCAGUGAUGUGUGCUAUUUUUGUCGGAAAAGAGUGUAUAUAAUGGAGCGUGUCAGUGCAGAAGGUCAAUUUUUUCAUCGAAGUUGUCUGAAAUGCGAUCACUGCGGAAUGGGACUGCGAUUAACCAAUUAUUCCUGUGACAGGGAUGUUAAACCAGUGAAGUUCUACUGCUAUCGGCAUGCGAUUCCAGAGAUGAGACUUCGUCCACAGAGAAAGCGCCUUUUAGAAGAGAAUAACAUUCCAGAUGUUGUUGUUACUCCUGCAGAACAGCUGCCCAGAGAAAAAUGCCCUCCCAAAAUUAUCAAUACAUUUCAGGCACCUGUGAUAAAAACAGCUGAUGUACAAGAACAAGUGAAAUGUACACCAGAACGAAUGGAAUAUGAGAUAUCAUUGGAUGGAAUAGAGGAGUCUGAGGAGAUACAGUCUGAGCAUAAUCUGCAAGCAUCGCAGACACAUGUUGUACAGUCAGAUGAGGAUGUGAAUUCGGAGUCGUCUGACUCUGAUGUCGGUGAUCCCAUAUGGAACAACUCCUUAAUUCAGAAAGGGCAUCCACAUUCUUCUGAUUCGCAGAUUCAAAAGAGCGGCAAAGCAUUUAAUAAUAGAAGUGAAGUUUCUAAUGAGUUGGUGAAACAGGAUAACGGAGAAUCACAGGCAAAAGCAGUUGCAAGGAAGCUUGCCCACGAUACCAGCUAUACACCUGCAUCCAAUAAUUCUGUCUGUGAAAACUUGCGUGUUGGAGCAGCUUAUUCAGAAACCAAAGGAGUCUUCAUUGAAGGGCACCUUAGUCCCAGUGCUAAUAAAACUAGACGAUUUCGCAUGAAACGCCAGACAAAUAAACAGCACAUACCGUUUUCUAAACUAGACGGUCAGAACAACAAGACUGGAUCAGCAGCAGUUGACAGACUUCAGCUUGGGGGUCAAAGGUCAGAGUUGGACAUUCCAGCAAAGGAGAGUACAGGAAAUGGUAAGCCACAGCGCAUUCCUGUGAUGGGAAUCAGCUAUGGUGAAACAGGCACUUGUGAGAGCUUAAAUGGCAUGAAGAAACUAAAAGCUGAAAACAACGCUUACCAGAAAGUAGAAUGUUUGAUCUCAGAAAAUUUUUCUGCAGAUAGUCUGGGUUUUAGAAAAAUUGAUGAUAAAUUUGUCACCGAAAGGCGCCACAAAAACAUGGAUAAAAUUGCAGCAGCUUUAAAAGAGCAAAGUAAGUUAUUGUCUGGAGAUGCAGAGGAAUCAGAUAUGUAUUCUAGCUUUUCCAUAUCAACACCCAGUGGUAGUGAAUCAUCAAUAACUUCUGUUGAACUGGACAAAUCUGCUUUAGAUGAUGCUAAUAGAGUCUCUUAUAACUUGGCUCAGCCAAAUAAUGGUGCAAAUUUAGUCUGGAGCAAAAAUGUAUUGUCAGAUCAACUUGAAAAUGAUUGCAACAAUAAUAAGAAAGCAAGUGCAAACAAAGGGACUAAUGAGAAUGCAAAAGUUUUCCCAGAUAUUUCCCAUAAUAUAUCAUGCAUCACACCAGAUGGUAGCACAGAAAAGCUUAGAAAGGCCAUAGAUACCCCUGUUCGAAGUAAACUAUCCCUCACCCGUCCAUUACCUCCACCAGGUUCGCAGCCAUUUCAUUUGCACAGAUCACUAUCAUCAGGUUCAGGCACCGCUCAGUAUUCACUUUCAGAAGUUAGCAGUAGUGACAUCACACGGUCAUCUAAAACAGAAAAAGAACAGUCACCAAGCAAAGAUACUCGCCUGUCUAGAAUGGGCAGCAGUUUUGAAUCGCCGCUGGUAAAUUAUGCAUUGACAUCAAGACUGGCAGUGUUGACUAAAUUUUCUAACCAGUCAGAAGGUUCACCUCGCAAACCUCUACUGACAUCAUCAUCAUCAUCAUCAUUUGCAAAAUACUCAACAGACCGGCCAGCCGUGUAUUCAGCUGCCAAGAUAAAUAAUGAGGUCUCACCAUUGCCUAGCCAACAAAGUUUCUCAACUGUUAGAGGAACCAUGGCUACACCAUCUGAUUAUAAAACUUCAGUAACAGGGAAGUCUGGUGACAGAUUUUCUAAUCGCUAUGAAUUUUCUGGGCAAACUUCAGCAACUAUUGAUCCACAAUCACAGAAACCAGAAGUGGUUGAAAACAAAUUUAAACAGAAAUUAGAUGCCAUCAGACACAAGCCUCAUGGGUUGGGGGCAAAGGCUAAGGAUGCUAUUGUUGACUAUACAUUUGAUGGCAACAGGUCAGGUUUAGGUGAGAUUUCAGAACUAUAUGGUCAGAAAAGUAAUGGGCAGCCUACUUAUCUAAACAAAACCGGGGCUGAAGCAGCGAAAACUUUGAGUCUGACACAGCCAUCAGAAAAUCAUGAUGCGUUAAAGACAGUUUUACCGAGUUCUUCAGCAUGUACAAAAAGUGAUCCUGUAGUUCUCAGUUCCCAGCAGAUUCGGGAUAAUUAUAGAGCAGACAUAGAGAAAGCUAGACUACAAGCUAGACAUAAAGCAAAACUAAAAACUGAUGAGGAACUUGGCAUCUCUACUGUAGGUCAUGCCUAUGCUGGUAAAGAAUAUCUCUUAAAUAGGAAUGUCCCUGGGAAAGUUGACAGCCAUUCUCAACAUGACAAGCAUAAUGGUGCAGACAAUACCAGUGGCAUAAUUUCCAGUCAUAAUACUAAUUCUGUCAGCUUAGCAACUGUUGAUGAAAAACAUGGAAACCAUUCAUGUCAACCACCAGCUGUAUUGAGUCAAAAAGACAGUGUUGCUGUGAUCAGUUCAGAAAAGUCAUCUUACAAAAAUGCAAAAGAAAUUAAAAAUCAUGAAUCAGAUAAAAAUGGGAAAUCAUUUUUAGCUUUGCUUGGUUUGGGAAAAAGUAAGAAGAAGGUGACAGAACAUUCUGAUGUCGUGUCCAGUCCUGACUGUUCACCACAGGCUGCUGAAAUUAUUCCCAAGGAUAAGCAAAAAAAGAAAAUACACAAGAGGAAGAAUGUCAAGGAAAAGAAAUCAAAAUCAUCAAAAACUUCCUGCCUUGAAAACCAGGACACAGCUUCAGAAUAUAGUAAAGACCUGUCUGUUUUUUCAGUGUUCCAUAAAGACUCAAAUAAGCAGGUGAAAAACUUGCUUGAUGUUAUGCCAACUUCAACCUUGACUUCCAAAAUGCAUGCAGAGGAGAGAUCUGAUUCUGAUGACAAGCAUAUUUCUCACUCACCAAUGGGGAGAAGAAAGGCACAAACUAUAGAUGAAAGGAUUGCUCAGCGUAUGUCGAGAAUUGCUAAGAUACAGCAAAAGCAAGCUGAGCAAAGGCGCCUGAGAAUGGCACAAGAGAUACAACGUCAGCUUGAGGAGGUUGAAGUCAAAGGGAAGGAGUUGGAAGAAAGGGGAGUUACUGUCGAAAAGGCACUCAGAGGCAAUUCUCAUGCUGAAAAUGAGACCCAGUUGAUGAAUGAAUGGUUCAUGCUGGUCACUGAGAGAAAUGCCUUGCUCAGAUAUGAAUCUGAGUUACUGGUCAGGGCAAAGGAACUGGAAUUAGAGGACAGGCAGACUCGUUUGGAGUUUGAAUUCAGAGAGAAGUCUAAACUUUCUGAAGCCCUUGAAAAGUAUUUACAGCUUUAUAGCUUCAGUUUUCUCCAGUCUUGUCGAACAAACAAACAAAACAGAAUACAGGUAGUCAAAGAGGAAAA